UUAUAGAAUUUGUAAAUCUUUUCCUUCUUACAGUUCUUGUGGGGAGGCUCUAAGGUUGCUGCACGUUACAGAAAACUGAUAAUAUGGAUCGAAGUAAAGGUAUGUCGGUACUCUGCACUUAUCAUAAUAUGAGAAAUCCUGCUUGGAGCUGUGAAGAAGGAUUUUCGAAAUGAGUUGCGGCUCUAGCUGCGAACUUGAGGGAGAGUUCGCUAGCUUGGCCAACGUCGGUACAUCCAGGAAAUUUGCGGACUGCCCAAAGGCAACGAUAUACAUAUUAUACUUCAAGCUGUGCAUCGAAGAACGAAAGCGCGAGCCGCAAGGACUGCGUAAUAAGAUAGGCCCAAUCGCAAGGCGUCACAAAUCCCCUUGAGUGGGAUAGGAAGCCUUCCAAACCUCCUUUAAAAAAAUUUAACUUCACUUCUCUGUUGGGACCGUCGACGUCCAGACGAACCGCGAGAACAGCCCGCCUCGACGAGGAGCGUUCGUGUUGAGACACAUACAAAGGAAACGAAUAUUCGACUGAAUACACAGAUAACUCGCUGCAACGUAACGUCACUUCAAGAAGACAAGAAAAUUGAUAAAUAAAGAGAGAACUGAGAGAGGAUCGCAAUUUUUCAAACAAAUAGCAACUAUUUCUGCCCGGAGUAGUAAACGAAAGAAGAAUCGAAACACACAGAAAUAAAAUUAAGUGCAGGAAAGCAUAUUGUAAUAAUAUUGUUGUGCAUAAAACUUACAAAUCGAUGUGAAAUGACGGUUUAAAACUUAAGCAAUUAAAGAAAUUGGUUUAAAUACGACUUAAAAUAAUAAUUCAGCAGGAAAGUAUGAAGAAGUUCUUUUUGAAAGAGUGAAAAACGCUGCAUGUAUUAUUUGUAGACAAGUAAAUUAUAUUUUUAUUAAAAUGAAGUGUACGUAGAAAAAACAGGUUUAAAGUACAAAAAGCAGCAGCUUUGAAAUGUGACUGCAAAUUAAUCAAAAUAAUAAUCUGGAAGUAUCAAUUAAGAACGUGACGUUGACUUCAGAAAAGCGAUAAUAAUACAGAGAUAUAUACUUUGUAUUAAGUAAACGAAUAAUUACAGUUUUACACAACUAUGUCUAUGAUAAGGUUUGCUUUGCUCGGCCUGCUAUUAUCCUUGAUAAAAGCAUCAUCCGAGUGGCAACUAACGAAAUGUUGCCCACCGGGACAGAUCUAUGUAAACAGCCCCAACUGUGAAUCAGUACCGUUAUUCGCGAUAGACGUUUAUUCUCACUAUUGGAACAUUACCCGAGAGUUCCAAAGAAUUCCUCAGUGCAACGAACCUGAGGAUCUUGUGAAAACGGUACUCGACGAUUUUGAAUCUGACACUGUCUUAGAGGUGCCAGCUUGCCUUCAAUAUUUUUACACGUCAGGAGAAAUAAAACCCAUAAUAAUAAUUCGUCACUGUCCAUUAAACAAGGACCAACAAGUGAAAGCAAAUGAUACAUCCUUUCCGCAACUCUUACACACCAGAAAAUGUUGCUUUGGCGAUACAAUAUUCGACAGCGGCACAAAGACAUGUGUGACCCGAUUAAACGAAUCACAGAGUCUUGGAGCAUUUUUGUUCAAUAGAUCAACUGACGCAAAUAGUUCAGUGAUACUCACUCAAGGUCCACCUAAGUGUAAAGGGCCGAUCGUUAACUAUGAAAUUAACGAAAAUGAUAUCUUCCUACGAAACAAUACAUAUUCGGUCAUGAUACCAAUGCUGAAAAAUAAUGUCAAAGAGGAACCAAUUACUGAGGAUAACGCUUGUCUCGAGAUGACGCCAGAUUUUGCAGUUAAAAGAAAAUUGAUAAUCCAUAUCUGCAGAGAUCCGAAAUUCUGUGACACGAACGCUUGUAUCAGAAAGUGCUGUCCCGAAGAUAGAUAUUUUUAUGAAGACGGUUGCAUUAGUUUUCUCGAUUUUACCAAUGAAGUGGGAGAAUUUUUCAAUGCUUUUGUGGACGCAGUGAAUCAGAUAAAUUCGUUCACUUUCGACACGAACAAAAGUAUUACUAAUCAGAAUUACCAAACUGAAUGAUUUCCUCAAAUUUUUAUAAUGGUGGAAUUUCUGGGAAAAUGCAAAUAGUAUAGAUAUUUACAUUUUCUUCUUACAAAAAGUAUGAAUUUUGUGUUCUGUUAAAUAGUUUCACUUGCUAAUAACAAAACCUAAAUUUAGCGUAAAAUCCCCUAAUCUGACAAACCUACAUCUAAUGGUAUUUAAACAAUUCUACUAUUUCUCGCUAAGAAGAAUUUAUAUUUUUACGUUUAUUACAUUGCUUCUCUAUCAUUACUAAUUGGUUAUAAAUAAUAGUUGAGAACUGUCGACGUUAAUUCUACCCACAGAGAAACAGAAUUAAUUUACUUCUCUUUACUUAGACCACGGAAUUUUGAUUCAGAAGCCAUCGUGUGACUCUGUGCACAGUUACGAUCCUAAUAAUUGGGACAAAUUUGUGUUAUUGACAUCAAAUGGACAUAUUUUUAUCAAUAAUUAUGAUACGGAC